AUGCGGGCGGAUCUGAACAUCUCGGACAUUCAUUCCCUAUCUAGGGAUCAGGCGUUGGAGAUCCUCGCUCAGAUCUCGCGCAUUGAACGAAAGACCUUCCCGACCAAUGAAGCUUUUGCCUUUGGAGAGGAGCUCUGGAGGAAGAAGCCGAAUACCAAGGUUCUAUACGUGACUACGACGAGUAGCGGAACUUCCGGAGGACGCUCGCCUGUGAUCGCCUAUGCUGUCUACGUUCGGCAGAAGGGGGCGGCCCUGCUGCACAAAGUCUGUGUUGUCGAGGCCUAUCGUCGGCGGGGCGUCGGGAUGGAGCUAAUGAACUAUAUCCGACAACGCCUGCAAAAGGAGGGAUGCCAGUAUAUUCAACUGUGGGUGGACAAGGCCAGGGAUGCGGCCCGGUCUUUGUACGUUCGCAAUGGAUUCGAGGAGCGCGAGGAAAUCGCCGAUUACUACGCGCCAGGGCGUACGGGGAUUCGCAUGAUCCUGGACCUUUGA